AUGAUUACUCAAAACAAAUUAAAUUUCCUCAACUCACUUCUAGAUCAAGAACUCCAACAAUUAACAUAAAGCUGUGAUCUACAAGAUUUACAUAAUAACAAAAUAUCAUUCCUUGAAUUCGGCUUACAACGAAAUAAUGACAAUCAACUUGGUUCCUAACAAUCAAUCAUUGAAAGAGCAUUCCCAACCUUAGGUGUUAAAGAUACUGAUGAUUUCACUCCAUUUAAGUAAACUCAAAGAAAAUCUACUCGCAUAAGAGCCACCUCAUCUAAACAUAAAAAAUUAUCAAUUGAACAAAAAAAAAGUUUAAAGAAAGUUUCCCAAGAAUAAAUUAAUGCUAAAGCCUUGAUUUUAGAAAAGCACAAAAAUUCAGAGCUUCAAAAGGAAGUUAAAUAAUUGUCUAAAAAAUUAAAAAAGGCCUAAGCAUCAAUCACGCAAUUAAAACAAGAAUUGUUAGAGUAUGAAAAAUGUAAGGAAAACUUUCAUAAAAGCGAAUCAAUCAGGUAAUAAUAAAAAGAAUUAAUACAAUGUUUGAAAAAAGAAAUCGAUUAACUCAAAAAAAAAUGA